AUGAGAGCAAAUCCCUCGUCAAGCAUUGGCCUCGCGUCAAUUGCCAUCUUUAUAUCCCUGAUAUCUGCCGCUCAGGCUCUUCCUGGAUGGUUUCUACCACGUAAAGGUAUUGCAGGUGACAAGUUCGCUCCGCACCACUACAAAGUCUAUGAUAGACAGGAUGGACACGACACCUACACCUAUGGAGGCUACGGUCCACGACCUACCCUCACGAAAUCCAGCUCCAUCGCCUCUUCGUCCGAUAAUUCAGGUGAACCCCGGACAAGUUUGACAUCGGAAGCUACUUCCACUAUUGAGUCAACUGUAACAAGUACUUCUAUUAUCACCGUCACGGCGCCAACCAUUAUCGUCACUGGUGACACAACCACGACUUCAUUUGUCUCACCAUCCUCUUCGGCACGAAUAUCAUACGGGGCAUCCAAUUCUUCCUCUGUCCUCGGACCCACAGCAUCAUCGGUGCCGCCCUCAGGAACAUUUAUCACCACCACUUAUGUUCGCUCAACAAUCUUUUUUACAUCUUCCGUCAUUGUAACUGUCCCCGAAUCUCCGAGUGCGACACAAUCUGGCCCGGAUACCAACUCUUCAGCAGUAGCCUCGACAGUCUCCAGCGGUAUUCUCACAAGUGGUACUAUCACAGACCCCGUUCCCUCACUGACUGGAUCAGUUACGCCACCGUUCCCAACAGCCAAUUCCACAGAGACUGCCAGUGGUAUCGUUCCAAGUUCAGGUGCAUCGACUGGGCUUUCCGCUUCCCCAUCACAGUCCUAUGGGGGGAAUUCCACAGGCUCUGUACUUACAUCCUCUGUAUUUCUUAGCACUGGGUCGUCUUCCUGCUCAGAUGCAACGACGAGUGCAGCUCCGUUUCCAAUUUCGAACUCUACAUCCCUGGUCCGGCCGACCGCUACUGGCAGUGGGCCCCUGAGUUCAUUCUCCUUUAGAACCACGGUUUCAUCAUCCGCAGAUGGUGGUGCAACAAGCAUAGCUCCAUCUGGAACCACAAAUUCCAGCUUGGCGACAUUUUCAACCGCUUUUACCAGCCGCCCCGCGUACUCAGUUCCAUCAGGGACAGCAGUGUCAUCUGCGGAUGGCGUUGCACCAAGCUCAAUUGAUGACAGCAUAUCGAUAUUCACGUCCGUAGCUUCGGAAGGAUUUCCAACAGCUACUGUUAAGUCGUCUUCAGUUCCAUUCCCUACAUGGAACAUAACAACCACUGUUAUUACCAGGCCUGGUACCGCCACUCCAACUCCCAUGACCAGCUCUGGUGCCUGGAGUUCAGAGAGUGUUGUGGUCUCAUCGUCGUCGUUUGAGACAGAUUCAUCGUCUAUUGUUGAUUCUACCACCGAAUCAAACCCAUCAACAUUUUUGACCAUAACCCUCACUGCUCCGACUAUCACUAGGCCAACUGAAGGCCCGCCACCUCCAUCGAUGACCCGUAGUACUUCUUUCCCACCCACCUCAUCAAUUUUCGAAGUUCCCAGUGCCUCGAGCGGUGGUUACGGUUCUCCUGCAUCAUCGGACACUAAUAUACCAGCUGUUCCUAGCAAUACUUCUGCAGUAACAUCCGACUUAGGGCUCCCAACAUCCUCCAGCAGUAGUUCCAGUUCCAGCACAACAUCAGGAUUCAGCCUACCGGUCGUUUCAAGUUCCUCACAGAAUGAGUAUGGUCCGCGCCCUACCGCUACUCCGUCUGGAGAGUAA